GGGCCUUGAGUUUGACACAUGUGCCUCUCAAAAUGUGUUUAUAUCCACGUUUUCAAUUUCGGGUUUUCGCCCCGCUGUUACCAUAGCAACAGCAGCGCGUCACGCGCAGGACUCGCUUCCGGUUUCCUGUGAGGACAAAGGGGCUUCAUGGAGAAACUGAAAACUCUCGCACACUGACACGCAGAGCAGCCGUGGGCUUCGAGCAUGACUUUCUGCUAACCGUGUCCCCCCCGCUUUAAGAGAACUGUCCGUCGCUGCUGCAAACAGCGCUCGUGACCGCACACCGCGCGGAGGGAGGGGGGGGCUGCAGCCAGGCGUUCUUCAGUCAAAAUGGCGGCAGCUYUAAUCCACCUGUGAUCACUCCAGUUCAGCUGCGUUCAGCAGCCCGCUCCCGGUUAGCAGCGUUUGGGUUUCACUCGGUCGGGCCGUCGGAGCCCGGCGCGCGCGGUCAUGUCGGACUCGGAGGAGGACAGCCAGGACAAGCAGCUGAAGCUCGUGGUGGUUGGAGACGGAGCGUGUGGGAAGACAUCACUCGCCACUAGAUUUGCACAGGAGGCCUUCGGGAAGCAGUACAAACAAACCAUCGGCCUGGAUUUCUUUUUGAAGAGAAUAAGCCUUCCAGGCAACUUGAACGUGACUCUGCAAGUUUGGGACAUCGGAGGCCAAACUCUGGGGGGGAAAAUGCUGGAUAAAUAUGUAUAUGGAGCUCAUGGCGUUCUCCUUGUUUAUGAUAUAACCAACUACCAGAGCUUUGAGAAUCUGGAGGACUGGUUCGGCAUGGUAAAGAAGGCCAACGAGGAAUCUGAUAUUCAGCCUGUUGUCUUCUUGGUAGGCAACAAAAUCGACCUGGAGCACAUGAGGACCGUAAAGGCAGACAAACACCAGCGCUUCUGCCAGGAGAAUGGCCUCAUCAGUCAGUUUGUAUCAGCCAAGACGGGGGAUUCUGUGUAUCUUUGUUUCCAGAGAGUGGCUGCUGAGAUUCUUGGUAUAAAGUUAAACAAAGCAGAGAUAGAGCAAUCCCAACGUGUGGUGAAGGCGGACAUCGUCAACUACAGUCAGGACACCGUGGCCAGGACAGUCAACCACCCUCGCAGCUCCAUGUGUGUGGUGCAGUGAUCUCCUCCAACACAAACACACACACACAAAGCUGUAAAAUUGUCUGUUCAGUCAGUAUUAUUCUAUUAGGAAUUUGGGUUGGACUGGAUGAAAAGUGUUCAGCGCUCGGUCUCUGUGUUCCUGUGCGUCAGUUGUACGGUGGGAUGGAGAACAGACGGCUCAGCUCCGARGCCUUGGCUCCUAGUUCGGAUAUUUAGAAGGAGUAAGCUCGUGGGUGGUUUACAGAAAAGAAAAUGGGACCUCGUUUUUUUCUCUCUCUAAGUUUACGCGCAGCUAUCAUUUUAUUUYUUUAAAGCGAUUACCUGACAUUUAAAUAUUUAGCUUUACACAUUUUUGUGUCACUGAUGAAGCUAAAGCAACGAGUGAGGCUGAAGUAGAGUGCAUAGCUGAGAGUUUAUCUGAACACCGUAAUUAGAUUCAUCUUCACAGCCUCAUUUAACUUUUAUAGGUUUGUAUUAGGAAAAGGUUAUGAUGUACAAGAUCACAGUUUUAUCCAUUUUAGCUGCUUUGUAUUUCAUUUGUGUGUCAAUGUUGUAAAAAAAAUCRGUCAAAACAGCCUUUUUGUGAUUGUACAUGUUGGAAUAAUGGGAUUUAAUGUGGUCUCCACCAAACAUUAUAGCUGCUUUUUGUGGAAAAUAUGUAUUGAUACAGUAAUAGUAACUAUGCUGAUUUUCAAACCUUUUUUUCACUGAUUAAAGAUCAUCAAAAUGCAUUCUGUAAAUUUUGAUUAUAAAACUUUGAUGUACUCUUUAAUGUACAGUUAAAUGUGAUGUUCAAAAGAAACAAAGAUUUGCUUCUAAAUAAAAAAUUGCAACAUGGACAACA